UGAAGUGCAGUUGAGCAUUAAUUAGUUGAGUGUUAAAGCUGUCGGGUACGUGCGCGUGCGACUCAUUGGUAGCGACUUAAAUUUUUUUUACAUGUAUAUAUAUAUUUAAAAGUGGUCAAAGAACCGUCACAAAAAAUCAGAUAAAAUAUUUAUGCCAAAAUUUACUUAUAUACAUAUGUACAUACUAAGAGUGCGCAGUUUGGACAAAAUAUGUGAAAGUUUAAAGCCAAACCGGUGUUGGGCCUAAUACAGUGCAAGUACUCAUAGCAAGAAAGAAAAAAAAAAUAAAUAAAUAAAAGCAACAAUAAUGUGCAGCACCACUUAACUCGGUGAAUGGCCAACUGAAAUCAAAAAUCAACCGACCGAUGAAAUGAAGUUGAAAAAAAUGUAUUUUCAAGCAAUUAAAAUCUAAUAUUAAAUUAAAAAGUGCAAAAACAAAAUAUUUUGAAGCUCAAAUGAAGAAAAUUUGUGGAGAAAUAAAACAGUUUUGUAAGCCAGUUUUAUAGAUUCAUAUGCAGUAUAGCAUUAACAAAAUGCCUCAACAAAAUACUGAAGCCCUCCGCCACUACGUCACCGUAACACCAACCACAACCGUCGUAACAACCCCAGCAACAGAAGCAGCAACAACCCAAAUGCACAUCUUGCCAACUGCACUAUUAUGCAGAACACUUUUAAUACCCCUCGUACUUUGUUGCCUACUCCCAAUUGUGCAUUGUGAUCUUGCGUCCGCGACUUUGUUUGCUUCUGAAGCAACACCCGCGCCGAACUUUCCACUACCGCAUGCCUUGCAGAGUAUGGAAAAUGAUGAUCGGCAGGCCUUUAUGCCACCAAAUGGACGUCUUAAGCGCACGCCCUAUACUAAAGCCAGCAAGCUCACAGAUAAAAGUAACACUACGCCAAUUACUGACGUCGAUUACGACUACUACUACGAAGAUGAGGAAGUGGUGGACUCCGGAAAUGGGAGUGAAAAUGUGAGUGGACGCGCACGCCGCCAUCAUUUGGAGUCACCGCCUGCUCGCUUUGGUUAUGAUGGCAGCAAAAUCCAACCACAACAAUUCUAUACGCAACAAAUGCUUGUGAACGAAGUGGGUGGAAGUGCCAGCGAAACACAUUUAGCUCAACCGCUCAAAUCGCCGGUGGCCGUACGUGUUAAUAAUGAUUUGUCCAUAUGGAGUUUUAUGGACGAUGAAAAACGCACGAAUAUCUGCGAUGUAUGCAGUUGUAGCAGUAUUUCCUUCGUUACGAUAGUUUGUGAUUACAAUCAACGAAAUCCGAGGUUGAGUGACAUAUUCGGAACGAAUUACCGUGUACCGCUUACGGCCAUAUCAAUUACAAUUAAAUUGGCAUCAAAUACUCAUUUCCGCUUGGAGAAGGAUUUAUUCGUUAACAAUUCGCGCAUGAAUAGUUUCACUAUUGUUGGUUCUCAUCGGGAUGGCGAACAAGUGGAAAUCACAACGGGCGCUUUUCCGGGUGGUGAUGGCACUAUUGGACCGUAUCCAGAAAUAUUGAUGCAAGAUGUAUUUUCUGUGGUGGUGCGAGAGGGCGCAUUCGCAGGUAACAAGAAAUUCACUGUGCGCAACAGCAAUGACUUGAUUUUAUACUCAAAUGCCUUCAAGAGAGCCGAAAUUAACGGACGUUUUGUGGGCGUAGCCGAUUUGCGUAUCGAAGAGAAAGCGUUUAAUUCAGCAAAUGCCACGCUACACAUUGAAAACUCACACAUCGACAAUAUUUAUCGUUUCGAAGCAUCGCUGCGCGAGAUAAAAUUCAGCAAUUGCAGCAUUGGCACCAUCAAUAGUGGCUCUUUCGAUGUCAAUAAUAUCAAUUUUAUUGCUUUUGUAAAUAGUCGCAUCGAUGUAAUCAAAUCGCGGGCCAUUACCGAGAAGUUGUUUAGUAUGCACGUGUCCUUCAUCGGUGGCGUUAUCGGCUACAUCGAAGGCGAGGCUAUACACGGCAGCGGCAUAAACGAGCUGAUUUUUCGAAACAACAGGAUCGACACUAUCCAUGAAAAUGCCAUACAUGUGAACGCCAUCAACGCGACUAUCGCCGACAAUCGUAUUAAGCAUCUCGGUCCGAACUGGUUGCGUGUCAAAGAGUGGUCCAAUAUUGUGAUUGAGAAAAAUGUUUUCGGUGAUUUUGGAGGCAUUAUACUGGAGGAAACAAAGAAGCCAGGCAUUUGUCGCUUCGAAAACAACUCGCUCACAGUGCCCCAGCAGGGCAGUUUAAAUAUCACAAAUCGUCAUUGUAUAUUGCGUGAGAUCUCCGUCCUUUUACCGUGUCGAUGCAAUCGAGAUUGGCUGACCAAUCUCUCCGACCGCGAUUUACGCUCCGAAAUCUACUGCACGAUCGAUACGAAAUUGGGUGCGUGCUUCAAUGCAACCACCUUUAAUAUGCUCAAGUAUGAGAACGAAGUGUGUGACGAGACGAAAACAACAGUAGACUGUGGCGCGAAUCGUAACCUCAAGAAGGUGGAUGGCAAAUUCUUUACACUCGAAGAGCUCGAACGUCAAGAUUCCCAAUUGAUAUAUAUUAUCUACCUCAGCGUAACCAUAGUUUUGGCCGUCGUAGCAGUCAUUAUAUUAGUUUUAGUUUUACGCUGUUUAUGCCGUCAGAAAAAAGGCAACAGUGGUGGAAACUUAAGUCAACAUCAUCGUCAUGAGUUUACCGAACACGAACAACAAAUCAUUGAACGCACAUUACAACUCGUACAAAAGAGAUAUCCCAACAUUCACGCACGCGUAGAACGCCUGUGCCAAGAACUGCUGCAAACCAAUCGAACAGAGAAGCAAUGCAUUAGAACUGUCACAAAAAUUGAGGAUUUACUUAAUAAGAUUGAACGAUCCGAAGAUCUGAACGACUUUUGCAGCGUAUUGGCGCAGCACCUGCAACCGCAGUCGCAAACUCUUCAGCAUACCCCGGAAGUGGUCUAUAGUACGAAUAGUUUCGUGCAAGUGCAGCAUGAGAAUUACGGUGGACCGCUCUAUGCUGUCCAGCGUAUAGAUACAUCACAUACUAUUGCCAGCAUGAGGGAGCGUGAGCGAGAUUGUGAACGCGAAAGAGAACGUGAGCGUGAGCGGGAGCAAGAGUGCGCGAACAGCGCUAUGAAUGGUCACAACGAUGAGACGCUCAAUGUGCCCAAUGAACCUUUCUACGAGGAACUGGGCCAGCCAUUACUGCCCGAUUAUGCUUCGCCGCAAGAUCAUACAGCAACGGGUCUGAGCGGCGAAUUGGAAUAUGCCGAGCCCAUCAAUAAUCGAGCCGACUACGCACAACGCUUGCCACCCUAUGCGCCACCAAAGCCCACCCAAAGCAACAGCAGCAGAAAACUGCCAGCACAACCGUCCACGAUGGUGCCUACAGCAGCGCCACGUACACAUCUUCCGCCCAGUAACAACAACAAUAACAUCCAACACCCACUCUACCAGAGUCAUAACAAAAUGAUUCCGACGUUCACGUCUAGCAGUAAUAAUAAUCGCGACGGCGGUAGCAGCGGCGAAGAUAAGAGGCCAGCACUGCCACCAUCAAACGUCAAACGAAUGGCGUACGAACUGCAAAAUAUGCCUAACUUUCACCUGCCCAAUGCCGCUCGGCAUCCGCCUAAUAAGCAUUUAGUCGCUCCGCCAGUCUAUACAGCACCCGAUAUUAGUCACAAGCGGCCAAUGCCUACGCCUGCCUCUACCUUUGCACGUCUAGCCACGCCCGAAGUGGACGAAAGCGAAUAUGAUAUGCGUGGCGCUGCUGCAUUACCACCCGAUACUGGUUCGGAUCAUUCAGGUGGUAGUAAUGAGACUGUUAAGAUCGAUGAUGUAUAUAUAUUGUAUGCGGAUGCAUGAGGUGUGUGAUUGAGCGGAGAGCUGAAAUGAGAGUGACUGACUAAAAGCAAAUGCAUCAAACGCCUUACAGCAGAAGCAAUACAAUUAUCCUAAAAGUAUGCUUAAGCAAAAGUGUCAGUAUACAGUACUAAAAGUGUGCGUUUAUCGCCCAUUUGCGCGAGAGAUUUUCACUGCAGUGAAACAAAGCUGUUAAAGCGGUUAUAUUUGUUGUUGAAUUUUUUGUAUUUGAUUGAACUCAAUCUCUGUAGUCACAUAUUGUUAAGAAUAUUAGCUUUAGAGAGGAUAUAUGUAUAUAUAUGUAAGUAUAUGUGUAGUGUGUACUUUGUGUAUUAAGGAUAUAAUCGAAACCAGGAUUGUUGAGUAAUAAAUUAAAUUUACAAGGCAAACCGCGAUUGGAUUUUCAAAGUCGAUAGUCCUAAAUUUAUAAUCGGAAAUCAAUUAUUGUGCGCCUAAAAGUUUACAUCACCUCAGUUUAGGGAAAGAUGAAUUUGUUAAUUGAAUUUUGUAACUACUAGGAUGGCAAUAAAUUCAUUUCGCGAUGUACAUAUAUUUAGCAGUAACGAAUUUCUGAAUUUCCAAAAAAACAAUAAUCACCAUGUUCUUCGUACUAGUUCUCUUUUUUAAUUAAAACUGUUCAGAAAAUUGAAGUGUUCGUAUAGAAAAUCGUGUGUGAAUAAUGAAAAAGAAUAUGCAAGUAACAUAAAACACAAAAAAAAAAUCUAAGAAACUUUUAAAAAAAUAUUGUUAAUUGGAUUUUAAUGCAUUUUAUAUUAUAUUAAAAAAAGUACUUAAUCUUAAGAUUUACGGCAAGAAUUAUUUUUAUGUUAAUAAUGCAAUCAGAGAAAUUGGAAUAAAUUCAAUAUUUUAUAGUGGGUCGAAAAAAGUGCAAAAAACAGAACCUUCAUUUAAAAGAUUAAUGAGAGAGAGAGAUAAAGAAAG